GCAAGGAUGCUACUUGCUAGCCACAAUGCGCAAUAAGGGAACUUUUUAACAUUUGGACAUUUAUUAUGUUCCCCUUUAUUGGCAUUAAACGUAGAGUUCCUGAAACAAAAAUCGUCAAAGACUUUGAAGUGGCUGUUUAUAUGGACUACAAAGUAUAUUGGCAGGGUGAUUAAACACAUUGACCAUGGAUAUUCAUAGACCCCCACCAUCUUAAAGAAAAUAAAACAUUUUGAAAAGCAUCUGAUUAUACAUAUUGACCAUGGAUAUCAGUAGACCCCCACCAUUAUAAAGGACAUGAAUGAAACAGUUAAAGAGUGGUGCAUGUGUUGGCAGCCUCCGCCUCUCCCUCCUCAGUACCAUCCAGCCUUCAUACAAAUGUAUGACCAUGCCAGGGUUGAUCCUAGCUAUGUCAUAUAUACAGAAAAAUGUGAAGGAUACAUAGAGAUACCAGAAAUACUACCCACUAAAGGUGUGACUGUUGUGACUUUUGCUGGAAGUAAAGUGCAAAACGCAGGGCUGUCUGGUUGGAUAGUAUUUCUGAUUGUCUUCAUUGUCAUCGUGAUUAUAAUCGUAUUUGCCUUCAUGACUUGGAAAAUAUGGAAGAAAAAGAAGCGUACUGGCAGGUAUGAACCUGUUACCGGGAACGUUCCCCUAGAAGUUUACGAAAGCACCAACUAUCUCGACAACAAAGCAACCAGAGGCCAAUGCUGGAAAACAUCCAACUUGACAACACCUGAUAAUAAUGGGAUCGAGAACAUGUAUAACUCCCUGCCUCGAUCAAACGGGAUGUCGUCAUGUGAUAUGGAGGUCCCAGAUGGAACAGUUUUGAAUGGUGCAUUGAGUAGCCAGGAGAAUAAACCACAAAAUGUCAAGAGAGCGGGCGUAAAAAAUGGGUUGCCUCAAGGUCCAAAUUCCACAGAACGUCCAUGGUCCCAAAAGUUUGAGGAUAUUCAUUUUAUUGAUGACCCUCCAUCUCCACCACCUGCAUAUGAUCAGGCAGUUGAAGGUGCCAAUACAUAUGGGGCAUUGCAACGAGACAGUGGGGGAUUUAACAGUAAAGUGUUGCACAAAGGUGGGGAUAUCCAAGGACUUGAUGAUAAAACAGUUGAUGGAAAAAUGAUUGAAAAUCAAGAUAGUGGGAAAGGUAGUUUGCCACCAAUAGAGGUAACACAGAAAAGUUCACCGAAAAAGAAAAAGAAAGCAUUUUUAAAAACACCAAGACAAGUGAAAGAUGAGAAAAAUCCAAGGACUUAAGGUGCUGCUUAGCUUGUUUAAGUAAGCUGUAAUGUGUAAGCAACCCACAGCUACUUAAUUGUUAAAUGGUUAUGGUCAACAGGCAUUUAAAAUGUGCAAUGUCAUACCUAAUUUGUCAUCUCUAAUCGGCAAUUACCAUUUCUUUGUCAAAGUCACAUUGCUUCCUCAGAAGAGAAACAUUAGAAAAGCAUAAGCAUUGUUGUUCAACGAUUGUCUUCAUUUGUCCAUUUUUCUUUGAUACUGCACCUCAAUACCUAAUUCCAUUGUUAAGGGGUGAGAAUAUUCUAGUUGUAAAGGUGUCCACCUCUAACCCAAGAGGUUGUGGGUUUGAUCCCCACCAGGGGUACUUUCUCAUGGCCUCUGAAAAGGACACCAGUACUAGUUCCUGGCCAAGAAAUGGACUCUAGAGAGAUUUUAGAAGCAAUCAACAUUUGUCACAAUCAAGGUGAAGUAUGAACUAAACUGUAGAUUUUAAUGAGCUAAAAGCAAAGCUUAAAAGCAUAAAUAAUUGUGUUUUUUAAAUUUGAUCUAGUUCUAGCUUGUCUGUGGGGUUUUUUGAGAAAAGAAAUGUACCCGUACUUAUUGUCAUAGCCUUGAUGUUGUUGGUGUUGUCAGCAUCGUCGUCGUAGUGCAAACGCUUUAACCUCUGUCAUUAUAUUCAAAAACUGUUAUUCAAAUGAAACUUGGAACACAUCUUGCCAGAGGCUAUUUGCAGACGCAGCAUGAGGCCCAUGACUCUUGAUUAAAAAAUUGUUGAGUAUUGCCCCCUUUUGCUGAACAACAUUCAAUUGUAAGCCUUCAUUCUGCAGCGCUCUAGUUUGUCAAGAGUUUCUAUCACUAUAACAACAGAAUGUUCCUAUAAAAGCAAAUUUGAUUUCACCUGCAAGCUGUUUUCGUUUCUAUUUUUUAAAUGAAUAGGGAUUAGUGUGUAUGUAUGUAUGAAAUUAAUCAUUUUGAUGUCAACAGUACCAUUAUUGGUGCCGAGCCAUCAACUUGUAAUGGGCAUUCUAUGGGAGUAAAUUUCAGCACCGUAGUUCCAUGUUAGCAUUUGUUUUAAAUGAUUCAUUAUUCUGUCCUACAUUCCAAUGUUGAAGUCUUUCUUCUUGUUCAGUGUUAACUUAUGAUCUAUGAACUGUAGCUGAGUGAGGUCGAACACAAAGAAGUUGUUUGUUUACUGUUAACCCUGACCCUGCCUUUGUAAAACCGCCAACCCAAGAGAUUUCUUUCCAUUUCUGGUUUUAAAAUGUACAGCCAGACAAUGAUUUAUUUUUUAAUUUAGAACCCAGAGUUAAUAUAAGUAUCUAUCAUGUGUUUCUGGUACUGAUAGAAAAAUCCGACCUGAGGGCAUGUGCGUAAUUCUUGCAUACCGGACGUGUGUUUCAGGUCAUGUGACCAGUGCUGGAAAAACCCAUCUUACAUACCCCAUGUAAGAUGAGUCACGCGCAACAACGCUUAUUUCAGCUUCUUAUUUCAUUUAUUGUAUGGUUUAUGAAAGAUAUAGAAUGCCAUUUCAUUAAAGUGCAAUCAAAUAUAUAUGUUUGCAAGUCUUUUAAUUAAAACUGAUAAUAAUUCAUCGUAAAAAACGCUAUUUUUAGUUAUUUAAAAUUACUGCGCUCUAUGACGUCAGCAAACAACGUCGCACGCACUUUUUGGUGUAAAUGUACGAAAGUUUGUUUUCUACGUCAUUUUUUUCCAUAAAUUCAUAAUUUUAGGUAUGCAAGAAAAAAUAUCAAUCAUGUUUUUCCGGUCCGGAUCGAAAAAUACGGCCCUCGGGCACGCUGCGUUACGGUAACUCGGCAAGCCUCGUUACCGGCUAACGCGCAUGCCCUCGGGUCGGAUUUUUCUAUCCGUACCAGAAACACAUGAUAGAUACUUAUAUUCCUUAAUAGUGACUAUAUUCGUAUCGUUGCACUCCCCUCAAAUUUGGAAAUUCAUCUUCAAAUUCCAGAUAUAUUUAUAUGCUAUAAAAGUCUGAUGGCCAAACGUGCUAGCAAUAGCGGUCCCAUAAUCUUGACAUAAGGUUUUUCCAAAAAAGAUCCCUACCUACCAUUUCUAGUAGAUUUUGGAUGUUAACCUUAAACAAACAAUUUAUUUUGUUAGGCCUGAUGUCAGUGUUGGCAUUUUAUGCAUUUCAAUGAAGGUUGUGGCUGUACUUAUGUAAUAUGUUGACUUAUGCUGUAAAAGAAUUAUUGCCAUAUUUUAGUGUGUUUAAGUUCAAUAUCAUGUUCAAAGUAAUAUGUGACACAAUAUGUGAAAACAGGCUAAAGGCAAUUAUGAUGUAACUUAGGGAUUACAUUUGAUAAAUUUUUACUGUAGGGCGUUUUUGUUGAUACCAAACCAGUUUCAGUUUUGGUUUCAGCAGUUACAAAAUUGUUUUUUAUAGUUUUGCUUGAAGUAACAAGUGCAUGGUUUUGUUUACAUUUUCAACAACAUGGCAGAGCUACUGUGGCUACUGAGGCACUCAAUUACUAAUAAAACCCUUUUCAUUUAGCUCAUUUGCCCAUUGUAAGGCAUUAUUGUCAAAAAGAUUGCGUUACAACAAACGUGGCUGAUCACUUUCCGCCAUGUUGUUUUCGAAGUAAACUAGAUUUCGGCUGGAACGAACCGAUAAAACCGCCUCCGGUAGGGGUUUCGAUAGUUUCAAAAACCAGUUUCGGUUUUUGUUAAAAAAUGAUUAAAAUUGGUUUUGGUUUUAUUUGAAACUUUUACAACAAAUACACAGUUCGUGAAACCGAUAUAAAACCAAAACCAGUUUAAUACCAACAAAAACGCCCGUAGUUAAUUGACAGUAAAAAUAAAACCAAUGUCACCCUUAAAUAACCAGCUUGUUGAAAAAAAAAUCUCAGUCACCUGUGGCCUGGUUUUCACAGACAGUGUCAAAUAUUAUGGUUUUGUGAUUAACUAUGAGUCCUUUAACAGUGCUAUUCAUCGUAAUAAUUAUGUCCUUUAAAUUCUUUUCAGUGGCCUGGCCACACAAAAACAAUGUAAUUUACUGUUGUUUUAUGUGGAGGGCAUAAAGAAGUACAAAGAAGUACAUUCCUUUGCAGAUGCUAUAGUCUGUCCGUCCGUAAACCAAACCUUGUCCGAUAGAUAACUAAAGUAAGCUUGGUCCUUAAGUCCUCAAACGUGGCAGGGAAGCUGGUUAUGACCAGCAGAUGACUUCUAUGUAUUUUGAGGUCAAAGGUCAUGGUCGCGGUUACCUUGGACACAAAAAGCUUUUCCAAAUGAUAUCUCGAGUAUGCUUCUUCCUACAGUCCUCAAACCUGUUAGGAAGGUUUGUUAUGUCCAGCUAUUGGUUUUGAGGACAGUAGAACUGGUCAAUAACUCUUCCUACAGUCCUCAAACUUGUAGGGAUGUUGGUCAUAACAUUAAAAUACCCCAUUGACACUUUUAAUGUGAAAUGACUUUUUGGUUGUCAGAAGGGGAGGAAAGAUGUUUUACAAACAUCACUUGUGCUUUUCUUCUGACAAGACCCAAUGGGGAGCAUUUGUCAGGUGUUUGUGACAGUGCUUGUUUACUGUUUUACUUAGUCAUAAUCGCCCCUAACAAAAACCUCUUGAACUUCAGACCUAUGAUAAGAUUUGGACCCUUUUUCAUUCAAGAUUUAUAGCAUCAGUUGAAAUUAUUUUGCAUUCUUAUAUAUUUGAUUUGAACUUGAAACAUUGAAACAAUGUUGCAGAAGGGUGAUUUGAUAAUUUACUGAGCUAAAUAAAUACAUGAAAUGUCCAUAAAUAGCGAACAUAAUUUUCGAUGCUAUUUAUUAAUGACAUCACAUUAAAAGUUAUUACAUUAGUUAUAAAUAAUAAAAAAAAGGUAAUGAUGUUACUUCAUGAUGGUGAUGUCAUUUAUGAUAUGAAUUGUUUCAUAAAUCUUAUUUUGGUGCCUUAAAUAUUUUGUGAAUAUUAUUAAUUUCUUAGCAUUUAAGAAAUUAAGGCUACAAGCCAUGCAAUGUUGUCAUUGUUUUACUUUGCGGAAGCAUAACUUCAAGGGAAACAUUUUUACUAGUCUCACAUUGGAAUUGGCAUUUGAUGGUAACUUUUACAUUGAUAUAACUUGAGUCAAGUUAUAUACCUCGUUUAUUAUUUUGUUUAUUUCUUUCUGAAAACUUAUUUGUUUUUCUGCUGGUGCUUUAAAAAUAUUUUAGAAUAGAAACUCGACUUGUCAAUAGACGUUGCAUUUAUAACCUGUUUUUUCUUGUUAUAUACAAAUCCGAAGUUCAUCCAUACUGUUCAAUACAAUUUAGUGUUCAAUAUUAUGUUUUGUUUCAUGUGUGUUGCAUUAUUUUUCAGGUUUCUUUUACUCUUUUUUUGGAAAACUGCACUCAGCCUUUUCUGGCUUUCAUCUAAUGUGUUGAUAUUAUUUAUUUCUUAUGUGUUCAUUUAGUUAAUGGUAAAAGCAAUGUGAUGUAAACAUUGAUUUACUUUGCUGAAGCAAAACCUCAAGGGAAAUAUUUUAACUAGUCUCUAGAUAUUACUUUAGUCGAGUAAGAUACCUUGUUUACUUUCUUUGUUUAUUCCAGUCCGAAAACUUAAUUUUACAUCAUACGUUUUAUACAAAUCUUAAGUUCAUCCAUACAGUCUAAUAAAAUUUAGUGUUCAAAGUUAUAUUUUGUACAAGAGAAUACCAGAUUUUUCCAAAUUUACCUUACAUUUAUUUUAGUAAAACAGCAGUCAGACAAGUUACCGCUUUUAAUCAGGUGAAUCAGUAAAUUAAAACAGAAGCUGGACAAGUAGAUGAAAUAUAAUCUCAACCACUAAGCUUGUUAAGGGGCUAUUAAUAUGCAUUUUUUGGUUAAAACUGGUUAUGUGACCAUUUUGCAUUAACAGUCACAUUAAACCAUUUAUUUAGGUAAAUACAUAGUGUGACAUACUAAUAUCCAUCAACCAUUUCUAAUACACUGGUUUAAGCUGGUUUUGACGAUCAUUUCCUUAGCAUUCUCAUAUCAAUGUUUUCAAAACACAAACAGCAUGUCAGCAAAAAAAAAAAAAAACUACAGCGAAAUACUUCCUCGUGUUGUUACUAUCAAGUUUACAGCAAAUAAAGUUACUGUUUUUAUUAAUUGAAAAUUCGAGUAAUUCAAAAAUAUUUGUCAAAAAUAACUGCUGUUUUUAUGUGCCAUGUGUCACUGGAAUUGUGUUUUUCCUCAAAUUAUCAGAUGCAUAUUGUUGAUCUUAUUGAGGUCCGUUUGUCUGUUGUUUUAAAAUUUUGAACAGUGGCUUUUUAUGAUAUUCAUUUAGUCAUCAUUUUCAGCUGGAUGGGUCGGUUGCAUUCGUCAAGUAAACACUUGAGUCCAUGAAAGUCUUGAUAACAAGUCAAUUUUGGUGCAUGUGUUCUUAACGCAGUUACAGACAUAAUUUUCAUUACUGCCAUUUUGUGUAUCCUUCUUUUGCUGUUAAUAUUGUUUUCAUAGUUGUGUGCAUUUAUUUUUGUAAUAAAAUAAAUAAAUUUCUU